AUUCGAUUCCGAUAUCCCGAAGGUCCGAUAUCCCGACGUUUUUGAGCUUAAGGCUUAAGAGGUGAACCUCCAGUCGGGCGAUUACCUUUUGCCACUGGGCGCUUCUUGACCAGACUACGAGAUACAUGCCCACGACGAGCAUGCCUCGGCAGCCAGCUCUGCGCCAACCCGCAGCAAAGCACACCCGGACUGCUUUGCCCAAGAGCGCGGCCACGUGCGACGAGCAUGGCGCCGGUUUCGGAUCUCCCUUAUGCCGCGAGUGGAGAGACGACACGGGCCAGACGUAUCACAUUCGAUGUGGGACUAUAAGACCACGAUGUGUGCCGAUCGGCGCGCCACAUCGCCCAGACGCAGCCCAGCGUUGGACGUGUACUUUUAGGGCAGAGGAUGGCUAUUCUAGGACGUUCGUUCUGACUCCUGACGAGCCCUCUGGCAAGAUUUGGUGGGGAUUCGGGAAGUCGUUCUAUUGCGUGGUCGGCGCAGUGGCCCGCAGCGGCGUUCUGAGAUGGUACCAGCCCAGCUCAAUGAUUGCCUCCUCCGUCUGGAGGGCGAAGCCAUUCGAAGAUAAGCGCACAGCACGCGAACGACCAGUGCCCCUCAGUUCGUCAGUGGGCGCUCGGUCGCUCGCCAGAUCAGGCCCAACAGUGAAGCUGGAGGUUCGGCCUAAGUGGCUGCCGAAGGAGGUCAGCACGAGGCUGGGCGAUGAGCCGUGCCAGAGGUUGGUUGGUCAGGCGGCCGAGAGCAGCAACGGCGACGGCGAGAAGAAGGCGGCUGAGGACGAGGCGCUAGAAGUAGUGGAUGCGCCUCCCAGGCCUGCUGACACUGACUGCUCUCAGGAGCACGGCCCCGUCGAUGAGCCACGCUCGCGGGCGGAGCUGAGCGAGAAAACGGAGGCCAAGGACGAGGCGCUCAAAGCAGUAGAUGCGCCUUCCAGGUCCGCUGUUACUAACUGCUCUGAGGAGCGCGGCCUCGUCGAUGCGCCAUGUUCGCGGGCGGAGCUUCCCUCGGCGCUGAGGCAUUUGCUCGAACAGAUGGCGAGCACCAGGAAACACCUCGAGGAGGGGCGUAUCCAGGCACCGCAGGAGCCGCGGAGCCCGCCCGCUGUCGACGCCAGGCAGCAGGUGUAUCCCAGCUUGUGCUGUGGAUCGGACGGCAGCAGCACGGAGGAAGGCAUCCCGCUGCCAGUGGAGCCCGCGCCCGCGGCUGAGGUGAUCCAGACGAGCGGGGCCAUCAUCGAGCUUCAAGAGGGCUUCCGGACCCCGCCUGGCCUCGCAGCGCCCCCAGGCAUGCCAUGGGUUGGGCAUGGACGAGGCGCCGCCUGGGCUCACCCCGCCGCCGGCAUCCGACGCUUCCCCCCGCGAGCUGAUCGGGCCCCAGCUCCCAUGCUGAAGGGCGGGCCAGACGACGAGACCCGCGCACGCUCCGACUCCUCGUGCACCGACGAGGCUGCUGAGCCCCCUGGGCCGGCGGGCCGGCAGGAGCCCGCGCAGGCGACGCCAGCGGGCGGCAAGGCAGGGGAGGCGCAGGGGAAGGUGCAAGAGCUCACCAUCACCUUGGGCAGCAGAUUCGACGAUGCCCUUGGUUCCUUUCUGCGGCUCUCGAGCCACAAGCUGGUCAACAUCGACGAUUGUAUCAUCGAGGUGAACCGGCAGAGGGGCCUGGCGGCGAAACCCAUCGCGCAGCCGUGCCAGCUCCAGGUCGAGGAUGUCGUCAUUGGCCAGAAGGCGCCGCACGAUCCACAGCAGGCCCACUGUUGCGCUGGGUCGCUCCUGCGUGUGUCCGACAGGCCGCCGUUGCCGAGUCCCCCGCGGCGUCUGGGCCCGUGGCUGCGGCGAAGGGCUGCGCGGCGCUGGCGCCGGGUCCGGGAGGAACAUGUUUUUGUUGAGAUUCUGGCAAGCUGAUUUGCCUGGCAUUUUGCUCUCUGCUCCCCCCGUUCCUCCCCUCGAGGCCGUGCUGGCGGCCUCCACUGCGGCCGUGCUGGCGGCGGCCGCUGCGCCGCAUCUACCUUCCGGACGGUGAGGGAGGUGGAGGUCAAGAGUCUUUCUUUCCCCCCCCACCUUCCCUCCCCUUUCCCCCUCCACCUUGCGCAAUCUGAAUACUACUCUUCUCGCUGUCUCUCUCUCUCUCUCUCU